AUGCCCGGCGCGGCAUCUCGCCCCCACGUUCCGCCCGCAGGCGUCUGGUGCCCGGCCGUCACCUUCUUCACCGCCUCCGACAGCCUCGACAUGGCCGCCCAGACGCAAUACUUGGCCCACCUCUCCCGCUCCGGCCUCGCGGGCCUCGUCGUCAUGGGCACCAACUCCGAGGCCUUCCUCCUCACCCGCGACGAGCGCGCCCAGCUCAUCGCCGCUGCCCGUGCAGCCGCGGGGCCCUCGUUCCCCAUCAUGGCCGGUGUCGGCGCCCACUCGACCAAGCAGACGCUCGAGCUCGCCGACGACGCCGCGCGCGCGGGCGCAAACUACCUGCUCGUCUUGCCGCCCGCCUACUUUGGCAAGGCCACCACCAUGACCGUCGUUACGCGCUUCUUCGCCGAGGUCGCCGCCCAGGCGCCCCUGCCCGUCGUCAUCUACAACUUCCCGGCCGUCUGCAACGGCGUCGACAUCGACUCCGACACCAUAUCCGCCAUCGUCCGCCAGAGCGCGGCCGCAAGCCCCGGCGGCGUCUCCAACGUGGUGGGCGUCAAGCUGACGUGCGGCUCCGUCGGCAAGAUCACACGUCUGGCCGCCUCGCACCGCCGCGACGAGUUCUCCAUAUAUGGCGGCCAGUCCGACUUCCUCAUCGGCGGGCUCGCCGCCGGCAGCGCGGGGUGCAUCGCCGCCUUUGCCAACGUCUUCCCCAGGCUCACGGCCGAGAUCUACCGGCUACACGAGGCCGGCCUGGCCGAGGAGGCCAUGAGGCUGCAGCGGGUGGCGGCGCUGGCUGAGAGCCCGUGCAAGAGCGGCAUCUCGACGACAAAGUUUGCCGUGGCGUGCUACUCGGCCAAGCUAGCGGGCAUCCAGGACGCUGAGGCGAAGCUGCGGCCGCGGCAUCCCUACGAAGAGGCGUCCGAGGCGGGCAAGAAGGCCGUUAGGGAGGCUAUGGCCGAGGCAGCGGUCUUUGAGGAGAAGCUCCAAAAAGGCAUUAUGUGA